CAGGGGGGCUCCCUCUGCCUGCUUGGAGGGGCUGCAUUUGAGGGACCAAGAUAGGAAUACAGACGAGACGCAGGGGGCCUGAGCCCAGGCGGUGCUGUAGGGCCGGAGCAUCUACAGGGUGAUGCAGGCCGAGCCUAGCAGGUGGGCAUGGAAGGAGAGGUGAGGCCUGGGGGGCCAUCAUCACCUGAGCUGGAGACCCAGGAGGAGGGCAGGUUUGGAGAGAGGGUGAGCCUCCGGGGCCCGUGCAGGCUGUGGGUUCUCCAGGGGCAUCCUGGGCUGGACUUGGAGGUUGGGCUGGUUGGAGCCCUGCAUGGCACAGCUGGGCUGGGGGAGAGCAGAAGCCAGAAGGGGACCCCCCGGGGGCUUGAGGGGAUCAGGGCCUGGCCUGAAGCUCUGUGGCAGGAGCAGAGGGGCACGGGGCGUGGCGGGUGCGGGGCGGCGUUCCACCUGCUGUCAGCCCGGCAGCUGCCUGAGUCACCUCUGGACGUAGCCAGGAUGACACAGCUUCCUCGGGCUGCAAAGGCAAGGUGACCAGACGUCCUCCGAGGCAGGCAGACAGUCACGUCUUGCCGGAGGGCGGCCAGCCAGGGCCAGCCUGGAGGCUGGGUGCAGGCCGGGCUGGUGGGGUGCGCGUAGAGGUGCGGCAGGACACACACCCCGUCUUGGGGAGCUGGGGCCAGGCGGUGGGAGCCCUUCUGGUCCUGGGACCUGUCUUCAGCUCGUUGGUUCGUGGGAUGAGUCAAUGUGUGCUUGUUUGGCAGAUGGGUGCCCACUGUGCGGCCAGAGCGGGGGCCGCCGCAUCGCGGUGGCUUCUGGCUUUGGGGUUCGCUCUCGGCUGCGGGAGUGGGAACCUGCCCUGCCUCCUCCUCCCCCUCCUCUGACCUGACACCCUCGAGGCCUGGGAAUGGCAGGGCUGCUCCGUCUGCUUGUCUUGGGCUGAGGGGCACGGGCACGGGCCGGACAGGAGCAGUGUUUCGAGGGCCCACCCUGCUCGGUAUCAGAGACGCGGCUUCUCAUGCGCAGGCUCACGAUCUGGGCAGGCGGGCUAGCCGUCCAGUCUAGGCGCGAAUCUGAAACUCUAGAACCUCCCUUGCUCCUAGGUAAUCCAAACCCGGGGCUGUUCGGGUGGGUCAGUGCUCCUGUCAGCCACUGGCUCCCGUGAUGGAGAAAAUGUCCCCCGGGCCCUGGACCCCGGCCCAGCCGCUCGAGGUCCGGAGCACACGGGGGACGGCCAGGCCGUGAGUCACCUCAGGAGCUAGGUCACAACCGAGGAAGGGGUUUGUGAGAGGGAAGGUAAGAAGUGGUCCUGGCCCAGGCCCACCUGCCUUCCGGAAGAGCAAUCCUGAACUGUCAGACCUGGCUGCCCUGCCCUGCCCUGUUCCUAAUGGGCCCGGAAGGGGAGGGACGCCGCAGCCCCCGAAGGCCCUCCAGACCACGCGGUUAUCUGAAUUGCCUCCAUCUAGUCUGCUGGGGUUCCCUUUUCCUAGAGAGGAAGCCCUCUUCCGUGUUCAGCUGUACGUGAGAAUGGAGUUUCCAUUGGGUUGAAAACCAGCCUUAGUUAGGCUGACGGUCGCCUGGAAGGUGUUCUGGGGUAGAAGUGCUGGCUGCACGCUGUCUGGCCCAGCAGCUCCUUCAGGGCUUGGGGAGGGGGCGAGCGGAGGGCAGCCCCGCCAUCCGGGCUCCCAGCCUAGCGCUGGCCACCGAGCUUCUGGGGUGACCCCACCAGAACGAGCCCAAGGGCUCUCUGCACGUGUGUCGCCAGGUUCUGUUACUCGGCGGCAGUGCCCGGGCAUCCUUCCUUGUGCGGGGCUGUUGGAAAGACGUGUGGGGUGACCAGGCUCCGAUGCGGCGGCACUGGGCACCCCUGCCCGUGCCCAGCUGUUGUCUCCCACCCCAGCCGGUUCCAGCCGAGUCCCAGAAAGCAGUUCGUCCUGUGUGAGCUCUGCUGGCCCAUGAGGUUGCCUGAUGUUCCGUGGUUCACAAAUACCCUUUUAGGGCAGUUGUUUCAAAAUCAGGUGUUUUGUAAACUCUUCUUUACACCUACAAAACUCUUCUCCGAACGUCUUUCCAAGAGCGAGCUGUUUUUCUGAAGUCAGAAGUGAUGUGAGGUCGAUACUUUGUGUGUUUUGGGUGUUGGGCGAGAGGUGAGUAACCGUGCCGCUCCUGUCCCUGUGCCGAGUCUGCAGAAGGGCCCUCUGCCCCUGGGCCUGACUUUGGUGUGAGCCCCUUGGGCAGGCACCGGGCCGGGAGGAGCAGGUCCCUGAGGAGGGGGCGGAAGCCAAGGCAGUGGGGGUCAUGAUGCUGAGCAGGGCGGUGGGUGUCUGCUCCCGCCCUGGACUUGCCACCUUUCCGCAGGGCCGGGGUGCUGGUACAGGCCCUGCAGCCCGGGGGCGUUGAGAGCGCGGCCCUCGGCCGGAGUGUCUCUCACGGCGUCACCUGCGUGGCCCAGCUGAGGACAUUUGGCACUGGGGCCCUUGGUUCUGAUCCCCUCAUUUUUCAGAAGGGAAGAUCGAGACCCACAGAGAGAGGGUGACCAGCCCCUCGGCUCCAUAUUUACACGCAUUCGCGCCAUCUGCUUGGACACAGAAGGUCUGAGAACUGAGGAAAGCUCCCUGAGUUACCAUUUCCAAGCGGUUCUGUCCGGGUGACUGUACCCAGGUUAUGACGACUAAUCCCAAAGCGAACAAGGCGUUGAAGGUCAAGAAGGAGGCGGGCGAGAACGCCCCGGUGCUCGGCGACGAUGAGCUGGUGUCCAUGUCGGUGCGGGAGCUGAACCAGCAUCUGCGCGGCCUCACCAAGGAGGAGGUGGUCCGCCUGAAGCAGCGGCGCCGCACGCUCAAGAACCGCGGCUACGCGGCCAGCUGCCGCAUCAAGCGCGUGACCCAGAAGGAGGAGCUGGAGCGCCAGCGGCUGGAGCUGCAGCGCGAGGUGGAGAAGCUGGCCCGCGAGAACAGCAGUAUGAGGCUCGAGCUGGAUGCCCUGCGCUCCAAGUACGAGGCCCUGCAGACCUUCGCCCGCACCGUGGCCCGCGGCCCCGUCACGCCCACCAGGGUGGCCACCACCAGCGUCAUCACCAUCGUCAAGUCCGCCGAGCUCGCCUCCGCCUCCGUGCCCUUCUCGGCCGCCUCCUAGUGCCCGGCGGGGGGCGCGGGGUGCUGGUCGAGGGCCCCACGGGGAGCGGACCCCUUCACGCCGGAGUCAGAUCGCGGACCCGUGCCGGGCUCGGACCAGGGCUGGAAAAGAGUAGGUUCCCGGGGGCCCGAGUGCCACCUGCUCCGCACACGCACGCGCCCACGCGGCCCGCCUUCCCCCGGGCCCUGCCGCCUCGCUCAGGGCCGUUUCCAGGGCUCUGUCUUGCGCUGGGGGAGUUGGGAUGUGUGGAGGGAAGGUCCUUGGGAGGUUCGCGGCCCAGACGUCUUCCGCCCCUCCCACGAGCAGCGCGUCCGUCCCCCGCUCGGCCCCCCAGCCGGUGCAGGACCCCCUCACCGCCCUGGGUGCCCCAGGAGGAACCGUGCCCCAAGGGGUCCGAACACCCCGGGAUCCUGCUUCAGCCUCAGCCAGAGGCCUGUGCCCCGUGAGCGGGUGGAGGAAGGGCUGCAUGUGCAUGAGAGCGUGUGCGAGCCUGUACACACGAGUGCGUGCAAGCGCAUGUGCACGUGUACCAGUUCUCCCAUCAGUGUGCCGGUAGCGCCGGGGACCUUGGGGAGCGGCUCGUUAAUGGGGCUCGGGUGAGCCUUGGGCUUCCCCUGUGUUGGGUGACCUAGGGCAGGUCCCCAUCGAGGAGCAGCAGCCGCCUGGCCGGGGAGGCGGAGCCCUGUGUUCCGUGUGGAACAGGUGUGAAGGCGGCGGCGGCAGCCUCAGGCACGGGCCACGGAGCUGGGCAGCGGCGCCCGUGGUCCUGUCCGUGGGUCCUGCUGCUGGAGGAGGUGAGAGCAGGGAGAAGGGUGGGGUUGGAGAAAGAGGAGUGUGGACGGUGGGGGGAGGUGAUGAUGGGGGUGGCACUGGGCUGGAAAGGUGGCAAGGACCAGCUGCCUGGAGUGCUCGGACGGUCUGUCGGCAGAGGACACGGGGACUCUGCAACCUUGGUGCUUAAUCAUCGCCUGGACCCUUCACCCGCUCUUCCUUUCUGGCACUCGGAGCCACUGAUGACUGGGGGGCCUUUGCUGGGGUGUCCUUUCCCAGAGAGCCGCUGCGGGGCUUCCCGCGUGGCUAGGCAGGGGCCGCCCCUUCCUGCCCCACCUGGGAAGAUGCGGGGGCCGAGGGGUGGGCGGCGAGCCCCGAGCCCACCACAGGCCAGAAGCCCUGGGCUCCAGCUCGUGGUUUCCUCUUGGCUUGCCUCCCACCAUUUAGUAAGCCCUCCAGCAAGCUGCAAAGACCCCGCGCAGGGUGCCAGCCGUCCCGGGAGGAGUGGGGGGAGGGGGGAGGGCCCCAAGGGCUACAGCCAGAAAGCGUCCCCCUGUCCUGGGAGAGGGCGCGGGGUCUGGGGCGUCUGGGUCCUUCCGGAGCCACGGCCGGUGUGUAAAGAAGCUGUUGAUACCAUAGCCAUGGUAGGUAAUCCACAUUGGAUAUCAGUAAGGACCACGGGGAUAUUUAAAAGAGAGAAAAGUAUAUAUAUAUAUAAAAUUAGAUACACAUUUUAUCGUAGAUUUUCAUACCUUUUCCUCCUACUUGAUACUGUAGCCUCUCUAGGGCAGAGCUGCCUGGGAGUGUGGGUGGGAGCGGGACCACCGCCCGCGCCUGGCUUCUCAAGCUGGCCGCUCUCGCCGCCCACCGCUGCCCUUGGGCCGUGCCCCAGCCGGGUGCCCCGCGGGGAGGGCGGCGGCCCGGGCUCUCCGAGCACCCGAUCCCGAUCCCGCAGCCUCCACUCCCCGGGACCAGGCCUGGGAGACCAGCGUGAUCCCUCCCCCUCCUCUCAGAGCGUUGAAAUUUCAUUGUCACAGUUUUAAUAUAUGGAUGUUUUAAUUUAAGAAAACAGGCACAGCCCCCUGGCCGGGGGGGCUGGUUUCCCGUCCCCCGUGCUUCCGGCUCGCUCCUCCGGGCGACAGGGCCCUGCCUAGGCCCCGCUCCUGUUUCCCGCACCUCUGGCCUCUCCGCAGUUUCAUUUCAAUAUUUAUUUUUGUGCUGCUUUUAUCAUGAUAUAAAUUAUUGAGAAGAGACCCUAUGUCGUGGCCCCUGUGGUGUGACGUGCGGCCCGCGCCCGCCCGUCCCCUCCCGGCCACACCUAAUUUAUUGCUGUACAUCUCUGCCGUGACGCUUUUGUACCUUUCAAUAAAGAGUUUUCUGGUUUCA